GCCUGUCGGGGCGGCGGCGCGCCAGGGCAGUGCCAUGCUGCUCUCCGUCCUGGCGGCGCUGUGCCUGGGGCUGCGCCUGGCGCUGGGCGUGCGUGGCGCGCCCUGCGAGCCGGUGCGCAUCCCCAUGUGCCGCCACAUGCCCUGGAACAUCACGCGGAUGCCCAACCACCUGCACCACAGCACGCAGGAGAACGCCAUCCUGGCCAUCGAGCAGUACGAGGAGCUGGUGGACGUGAACUGCAGCGCCGUGCUGCGCUUCUUCCUCUGCGCCAUGUACGCGCCCAUCUGCACGCUGGAGUUCCUGCACGACCCCAUCAAGCCGUGCAAGUCGGUGUGCCAGCGCGCGCGCGACGACUGCGAGCCCCUCAUGAAGAUGUACAACCACAGCUGGCCCGAGAGCCUGGCCUGCGAAGAGCUGCCCGUCUACGACCGCGGCGUGUGCAUCUCGCCGGAGGCCAUCGUCACCGACCUCCCCGAGGACGCUAAGUGGAUAGACAUCACACCAGACAUGAUGGUCCAGGAGAGGCCGCUUGAUGUUGACUGUAAACGCCUAAGCCCUGACCGCUGCAAAUGCAAAAAGGUGAAACCGACUCUGGCGACGUAUCUGAGCAAAAACUACAGCUACGUCAUUCACGCCAAAAUAAAAGCCGUGCAGAGGAGCGGCUGUAACGAAGUGACAACGGUGGUGGACGUGAAAGAGAUCUUCAAGUCCUCGUCACCCAUCCCUCGGACGCAGGUCCCGCUCAUCACGAACUCCUCCUGUCAGUGCUCCCACAUUCUACCCCAUCAAGACGUGCUCAUCAUGUGUUAUGAGUCGCGCUCCAGGAUGAUGCUCCUUGAAAACUGUUUAGUUGAAAAAUGGAGAGAUCAACUCAGUAAAAGAUCCAUACAGUGGGAAGAGAGGCUCCGGGAGCAGCAGAGGACACUUCAGGACAAGAAGCGAACGGCUGGGCGUACGGGUCGUAGCAACGCCCCAAAACCAAAGGGAAAGCCGCCUGCUCCCAAACCGGCCAGCCCCAAGAAGACCAUCAAAGCCAGGAGUGCCCAGAAGAAAACAAACCCGAAAAAAGCGUGAGCCCUCUCAGGAUGAGAGCCAGCCCGGGGGCGUGGCGCCCCGUCCUUGCCUUAACGACGGCAGUCCUCCCCAUAGACACGUUGUAUGGCGGUUUUCUUGAUGAUAUGCUUCCAUUUUUUUCUUUUCAAGCCGCCACCAACCCUAGUGGUAGGUAUGUCCUUUGGUAUGGAAGGUAUAUGAAAGCGGAGAGCUGUUGGACAAAGCUUCUCGCAACAUUCAGAGCAGGCAGGCGUCACGGUGCGUAGCCCGUGAGAUCUCCGCGGGGGGAACGGGUGCCCUGCUCCUUACCACGUGACCUAGUAUGUGCAUUGUAAAAUAAAUACCAUAUUACAAACAAAAUACCCAAUUUUUUUUAAACAAUACAUUGUAUUUCAGCCUGACUUGUGUUGUUAGAAUGCUCGUGAUGUUUCAAAAUGUGAUUGAAAAUACAAUGAUUCUAAAGAGGGAAGCAAGAGGAAUGAAGAGUGACUGUCUCAAACAUCUUUGUAUGUUUACCAUUUGCCCAAGAAUUUCUGUGAUGAAAGGGAAUUUUUGAACAAUCUAGAAAAGUAGGAUAUGGAAAAUUGUAACUUUUUUUUUGUUUACAAAGAAGCCUUUCACCUAGAGUUUUUAGCUAGACACUCUAGAAACUAAAAUAAUGGUAACUAAAUAAAUAAAAGGGAAAGGCAGACAUACCCUAUCUGGAUCCUUAUUUUCUGGUUACCAUGCCGUUGGGUGGAAAGGCUUGGAAUUUACAUUCCUGAUGCUUCUCAUUAGUAACCAUUAUGUAGCACCAGAAACAGAGUGUGUUUUUCCUCUGAUGAUUUAUAUACUAAUGAUUCUGCCCCCAAGAAUUUUCUACCUGUGCACGCCAUGCUCAUGUCACUUCCCAGGAUGCCCUAGGCGUCUUGAUGCCAAGCCUGAAAGAAUUUUCUCUUUGCCGGUAGCUGGUGCCUUACAAAGGUGCUGUGGGCCCAGAGUGGGAGGGCCAGGACUCCAAAGUCCCUGGUUCUCAGCCACUGCUGCACACCAGCUCUGCACCUGGGAAGGCAACUAUGGUCCCUCCUCCAUUCAAGGGUGUAGAGAAACAACCUGAAAGCUUAAGUAUAAAAUCUCCUUUAGACUGACCAUUGCCCCUGCUUCUCAGAGGAGGGGGAAGUGACAUGUUGCGCUCACACAAGAUCAUUAGACACAUAAUCUAAUUUCACCUCCGUAGGCCACUGGGACACAGAAAUGAGGUCUGUGGGUAAGCCAGGGGAGAGUGGAGAAAUAGGGUUACUAAAAAUGCCGCCAUGGGCUCCCCUGUCUUCCUAAAAGUGGAACAGGACGCCUGUGUCACCACCACCCCAGGGUGGCAGAGUUUAAGGAAUCCAAUAGAUGGACUCACACAAGUGUACCAGUAAAUGUUUCUGUUAUAUUAAAGGCCAAACUUCUUUGGUCCUUAAGGAAUGCCAGAUACGUGUUUAGCAUAGCAUCCAAACUAAAGAAACCUGGGAAAGGCCACUAAAAGGCCCUGGCAGCCUACCUUACCUCCUUAGCAUUGUAGGGCUUUUUGGGGGAAGGGAAUCAGAAAUGGAACUCUCCAUGGAAAUGGGGAAACAAACACAUAUGUUAAAAAAAAAAAAGUAAACAUUAUUUUAAGUGCAAUACUAAGUAAGAGUUUGGAGAUGACUACAUACUUAAACACUGUUUACUUUAAAUAUUUAACUGAAAUCAUAUACUGAAUAUUACACAACACUUAAAACUUCUUUAGGAACAUUAUACAAUACUUAACUAUGCACAUUUAUACAUUAUACAAUAUGUAAUCGGGCAUAUGUAUCAGUUUGAUUAAUCGAUAAAAAAUUAAGCAGGCCACCAGUUAUUUAUUAUGAAAAAGUCAAAAACGAACAUCAACCCACACUAAGGGUAAUAUAACAAGUGUGGUAGUGGAUUUUGUGUGAGGGUCAGAGAUUUAUUUUUCUCCCUUAAAUAUUUUCUCCAUCAAAAUACAUGUGAGAGGAGGUGAAUAGUAAUAUAUGGAGAGGAAAGCUGAGGUAUUGAAAUGAGAAUUAUUUGAAGGUUGGAUUACUUUUGUGAGGAAAAAAUAGCAUUUUGCAAUCUUUUGAUCAACAAAUUUCAUAAUUAAGGACGAUGGAAGGCAUUUAUAUUUUCAAUAAUUUUUUGGAUUUUCAAUAAUACAGUAAACAUGUAUUUUCUAGAAAGUAUUUAAUAAAUGCAUAAAAUAAAAAUAGUGGAAUUACAAUCCUACCUAAUCCUAUUUAUCACUCUGCAGAGGUAAUUGCUGUUAGUGUUUUGGUACACAGUUGUCCAGGUGUUUCUUAUGCAUUUAUAUAAUGAUUUGAGAAAAAAGAAACUAGAGCUUAUUAUACAUACUGUUCAUUAACCUUCUUCUUCCCUCAGCCUCUUAUUGAGAUGAGUUCUCAUGUCAAUAAAGCUGAUGCCACCUCAUUUAUAAAGGCUC